GAAGCCAACCCCAGCCCCCCGAGCGCCCCGCCGAGCGCCGCCGAGGCGGGACGCGCGCGGAGGAGAGCCGAGCCGCGGGUUAGCGCCCGCCGGAGCCUGCCGCGCGGGCUGAGGCGCUAAAGGGCUUACCCGGGAGGGGGGUGGGAGGCGGGGAGACGCUCCCCGUUAAAUAGCGCGCUCCGCCACUCGCUGGCGCUCACGCCGCGCCCGCUCGCCCCGCGCCCGCCGCCGCCGGACCGCGCCGAAGAGGAGGGGGCGUUCCCCAGACCAUGGCAUCCACCGAAGGUGCCAACAACAUGCCCAAGCAGGUGGAAGUACGCAUGCACGACGGCCAUCUCAGCCCGGACGAGCCGAAGCGGCGGCAUCUAGGCCUGCGUCUGUGUGACAAGCUGGGGAAAAAUCUCCUGCUCACACUGACUGUGUUCGGUGUCAUCCUGGGGGCAGUCUGUGGAGGGCUUCUUCGCUUGGCAUCUCCUCUCCACCCCGAUGUGGUCAUGUUGAUAGCCUUCCCGGGGGAUAUACUCAUGAGGAUGCUGAAAAUGCUCAUCCUUCCCCUCAUCAUCUCCAGCUUAAUCACAGGGUUGUCGGGCCUGGAUGCUAAAGCCAGUGGGCGCUUAGGCACGAGAGCCAUGGUGUAUUACAUGUCCACAACCAUCAUCGCCGCGGUGCUAGGGGUCAUCCUGGUCUUGGCUAUCCACCCAGGGAACCCCAAACUCAAGAAGCAGCUGGGGCCUGGAAAGAAGAACGAUGAAGUGUCCAGCCUGGAUGCCUUUCUGGACCUUAUUCGAAAUCUCUUUCCUGAAAACCUGGUCCAAGCCUGUUUUCAACAGAUUCAAACGGUGACCAAGAAAGUCCUGGUGGCGCCUCCGUCUGACGAGGAGGGCAAUGCCACCAACGCCGUCAUCUCCUUACUGAACGACACUGUGACGGAGGCGCCUGAGGAAACGAAGGUGGUUAUCAAGAAGGGCCUGGAGUUCAAGGACGGCAUGAAUGUCUUAGGUCUGAUAGGGUUUUUCAUUGCUUUUGGCAUCGCCAUGGGGAAGAUGGGAGAGCAGGCCAAGCUGAUGGUGGACUUCUUCAACAUUUUGAAUGAGAUUGUAAUGAAGUUAGUGAUCAUGAUUAUGUGGUACUCUCCCCUGGGUAUCGCCUGCCUAAUUUGUGGCAAGAUCAUUGCAAUCAAGGACUUGGAAGUGGUUGCUAGGCAACUGGGGAUGUACAUGGUCACGGUGAUUGUGGGCCUCAUCAUCCAUGGGGGCAUCUUUCUCCCCUUGAUUUACUUUGUAGUCACCAGGAAAAACCCUUUCUCCUUUUUUGCUGGCAUUUUCCAAGCUUGGAUCACUGCCCUGGGUACCGCUUCCAGUGCUGGAACUUUGCCUGUUACCUUCCGUUGCCUGGAAGAAAAUCUGGGAAUUGAUAAGCGCGUGACCAGAUUUGUCCUCCCGGUCGGAGCAACCAUCAACAUGGACGGUACAGCCCUUUAUGAAGCGGUGGCCGCCAUCUUUAUUGCCCAAAUGAACGGUGUUAUCCUAGAUGGAGGCCAGAUUGUGACUGUGAGCCUCACAGCCACGCUGGCGAGCGUUGGUGCGGCCAGUAUCCCCAGCGCGGGCCUCGUCACCAUGCUGCUCAUCCUGACGGCCGUGGGCCUGCCGACGGAGGACAUCAGCCUGCUGGUGGCUGUGGACUGGCUGCUGGACAGGAUGAGAACUUCAGUCAAUGUUGUGGGGGACUCUUUUGGCGCUGGGAUUGUCUAUCACCUCUCCAAGUCUGAGCUGGAUGCUAUUGACUCCCAGCAUCGAGCGCAUGAAGAUAUUGAAAUGACCAAGACUCAGUCCAUUUAUGAUGACGUGAAGAACCACAGGGAAAGCAACUCUAAUCAAUGUGUCUAUGCCGCACACAACUCUGUCAUAGUAGAUGAGUGCAAGAAGGUCAGAUUUCUUUCCAACAUUGCCGCAUUUGUCGUGUCUCCAUAUCCUAACGCUUCCAUAAAUCCAGUCUCUCCAUUAUGUGGAAUAUCAGUCGUGGGUUUAAGUUUGCACAUGACGUUGAGGACAGACAGAUGGAAGGUGACUCUGGCAGCCAACGGAAAGUCCGCCGACUGUGGAGUCGAGGAAGAACCGUGGAAACGAGAAAAAUAAGGAUAUGGCUCUCAGCAAAUUUUUGAACAAACUCCCCAGCGUAUCAUAUGGUAAAAAGAGAAUAUACACAAGCUGUCUUUAAAAAGGAAAAAAAAAUGCAUCUCUUUCUAUGUUUACUUAAUCUGUUAGCCAAGGCUUCGAGGAUCUGUUGUUGAGUCAGUGAUAGGCGCCGUGCUGUGUCUUUGCCAAGUGAUGCUUUGUUACUGCCUCACGUUCUCACCUGUAUUAUUGUCUGAACGGAGGCUGCUGGGGGAAUCCGUUUGAAUUGAAGACACAUUCUUGCCAGCUUCCCUUUGCUUUCUAAAUGCAGAGCCGUGGAUGCUCUUCCCCAGGGGCCACGACUAAAGCCAUGUGGUACGCUCCGGGGACUUGGGAUAACGAGCCGACACUCAGUGUGUGAUUCCUUCAAGUGUCCUCUGUGCUUCUGCUUUGUUACGCACAAGAGAUUCUGUUAGAAGCCUCUAGAUGUAAUUCUCUUGAAAUGUAGAGUUUGCCCACGUGUUGAUUAAAAGCAAAUCCCUGUCUUCGGGAACUCUGAGAACCCACCUUCUGUAUACUCUUCCAACUAAAUAUUUCAAAGAGAAUGGCAGUGGGAACCGUGCUCUUCAAGGCAGCCGAUUACGGAGCCCACUGAGUUUCUGCUCUGCCCUAGCCAGUCUGGGGAAAUAACUCUUGACAUUUCAAAGUAGGUUUCAUAAUUUGCUCUCAAUUUGAUAAUGGAUUAGGAUGUAAUUUGCAUGUAGCCACUGUACAUAUUGACAAAAGUAAGAGAGCACAGCCAACGUAAACUUUAACCAGAUUCAGAUAUUCAAAUUCGCUUGUGUUCAGUUUGCAUUCACCUGGCAUAGUGAAAUCAAGUGAGAUGACUUGAUCUAUGCUUUACUUUCUUUGUUUCAGCCGUAAAAUUCUUCUUUGGAUUUCUAACAAAAAAAGACAUUUUCCAUCCCCCAAUUAUUUCAGUUACAGUCUCAUUAACUUGAGAAGGCCUAAUCAUUCUUCUCUCCUCACACAUGGAGGACAGUUGCGUUGGCUGUGUCUCCUUUAAUAUCAUCUCUCGAUAAAAACAAAACACUGUCAUUGAUCUAACGUGUAGAAAGCUUUCUGUUGUAUUCUAUCAAAGCACAUAAAACUAGUUACAGGGCACAACUGAAAGCAGAGCCAGUCUGCUUCCCCAGUCUUCUCUGUAGCAAGGAACAGGAAACUAACAUGUGCAAAAUCCUAUAAAGGUGACAUUCCUACGGCAAAGUCAAGGCAGCCUUGAGCCAUGAAAUGGGAGCAAAUGAUGGCUCCUGACAGUUUCACAGAUGGCAUCUUCAAGGCUGUCACGGUUGGAGGGAGUAAAUAAUAUAAGUGGAUUAGCACCGUGCCUUGUAUGCCAUAGGCACCCAACAAAUCCUGAUGAUGGAUCAUGCAAGCUAAACUUGUCAAUUACUCUACUAUCAUUUUCUGUUGAAUAACUCACAGUAUUUUCCUAAGGUUGCAGGCUUCAGGAGUUUGCUGGGAACUUGAAUAUGAAUCACUGGGAAAUCAAGGACAUUUGAUAGACUGUGAGGAGCGUGUAGAACCUUGGUCCACACGUAGGAGUCAGGUGGUCAUCAGAGACCACCAGACGGGUGCUGGGGUAUGCACGAAUAGCGGUAGGAUCCAAAUGCUCUGAAGAGAGGUCAUGUACAGACAUCGCAUGUCCUUUAGUACCUAUUCCUGGUGACUUUUCUCUUCCAAACCAGACACCUUGGGAACAUACAAGAGACAUCAGAGUCUAACUGCUUUUGUCUCUCAAACCCUCGUUAUUUUUGGAUAAGGAUCACUAUUGAGCAGUAUUAAGCAACUUUUUGCCUUUUUUUCUUUUUAAUGUCAUUGGUCUUCAUUUUCCUUAGAUAGACAGUUGGCUGGGUGGCCAAGGACGUGUUGAAAUGUAGUAGUGGACAAUGCAUCCUUUACAGCAGAUAUUGUGGGUCAAGGGGACAGUUCCUGGAUUUAGCUGUGAAGCUGUGACAGAUUGUCUUUAAGUGGUGCCCCCAAGAGCUUUUGGAUGGUGAAGAGAAGGAUCUAGCUAAGGCGCUGAGGGGUUUGUGGGUUUUGCUGUUGAAGGCCAGCUUAGCACUUGUACACGCUGACAUGUUUCUCAAAAGAGUGGUCUCGGGAUUGUCUUCCCAAGACUCUGCCUCAAUGUCUUCUUCUCGCUUUGCUUUGUCUUCCUAGUUACCCUAUACAUAUAUAACGUAGGACAGCGUGUUCAGAAGAAACAAGGUGUACAGCUUAACAAAACAGGUUUUUCUGGUUUUAGACUACAUGUAAUAAGUUUCACGAGAACAUACUUAGGAAAUCACAUUCAUCUGGAAAUUCACAUCAUAUUAAAAAUGAAUAAUCUGUCAAAUUCAGGACUAACCCGAAAAUCCAGGAUGUGUGUCGAGCUGAUGUAUGACUGUGUUCUCUAUUUUUCUUAGGUCUCAUUCAUUCUUCUUAUGCCAUGCCCAUUUGGGCUUUCCUUGGCCAGCAUGAGUGCCAUAAACAGAACAAAAAGAUCCAGAGUAUACCUCUAAGAACCUUUUUCUAAAUAAGAUACGUAUAACCUUUCCGUUAUGUGCACAGAUUUAUAUUAAUAGAUUCAACACAGAUAUAAUGCUUGUAACAGUCCAUUAAUAUUUGAUGAUGCGUAAGUUAUAUUCAGACACAGCAGGCCAGAUCCAUACCCCACAUCCUAUAGGGUCUUUAAGUCAGGGCUUUGGCAACACCGUUGUGUUACAGACUUAAUCACUCUUUUUAGGAAUCUGAAUCAUUUUGAGAGAAAAUCAACUAAGCAGACUUUCAUCCUCCCCUUUAUAAUUUUUGCCCACUGGGAAACCCAAGUAGAAUCACCAUUUGAUUACCAACUACAGCUCUAUGGGCCAAACCUAAUCAGCAGGAAGAACGGCUCCUCUCUCAAGCUGAGGCUUUACCUUAGAUCUCUGAGGAUGUGCUUCCCCUGCAGAGCGUCAGAGAACCAAGGCAAUCAUCUAGACACAUCGAUCUUCAGUACAGGUCUUCAGGUAAUAAGAUCUGAACCAAGCAGAUGUCAGAUUCAGAUCUUUAUUUCCUCCUGGGUGUGGAAACACAGUCUGUAGUCUCACUGCCUGCAGAAGUUAACCUUGUCCGGUAAAAGACAAGUAUUAGCUUCUCCUCUGCAACUACUGGUCAGCCGAAAGAAAGGGUGCCAAACGCCUCACUCCUGGAUUUAGACUGGUGGGAACUGAGAAGGGCUUAGGGGAAAGUCAAUUUAUGGGGAGAUGUAUUCCUGGUAGGAAAUAUCAGGAAUCCCCAUGACUGUGUAGAGGGCCUCAGGUCAUUUCCAACCUUGCAUGGGGAAGUACGUUACUUGCAAGUGUGUCUAGUCAAGGGACCCUUCUGGAGUUGGGUAACUCAUCUACGGGCUCCCUGAAAGGAAACCCAAACCUGCCAGGUUUUUUUAAAUACCACACUUCCUUUUGUUCUCAAUAGCAAACGUGAUGGUACAAUAUUUCACUCUUAUCAGAAUCAAGGAAUCAGUCUGUGCUAUAUUUUCCCAUGAAAUACAGCGUUAAGUCCAAAUAAGUACACACAUGCUCAGAGAGAAUUUCUCCUUGGUUCAGACUCUUGACGAGAAGGACUUUGCAGCUCUUGCGUGGCUUGAUGGCCAAAAGUGCUCCGUGGUUGCACCCAAUGGAGGUGGCUCUUCUUCCCUGCUUUUUGAUUCUUGGGGCCAUACUGUUGUCUCGGUUGCUGGUUUCGCUUUCCUUAUUCUCCAUAUAAAUUCAUUCCAAGGCAAGAAAAAGGACCAAUGAGAUUUCUUCAGUUAUUGAAAUACCCACUCUUGGAAUAUUAGGGUCAUGCUAAGUGUAAUCUUCGUCCCCUUCACCCAUUUCACCCAUCCCCCACCCGUCUCUCCUCUGGCAUCCAGCAGUUUGUUCUCUGUAUUCAAGAGUCUGGCUUUUUUGUCUCUUUUUAUCUUUGUUCAUUUGUUUUGUUUCAUAAAUUCCACAUAGGAGUGAAAUCAUAUGGUACUUGUCUCUCUCUGACUGGCUUCUUUCACUUAGCUUUAUAUCCCCUCUGAGAACCUAAAAAGAUUAAGUUUAAGCAGAGAGCCUAAAGGAAUUCGGGAGUGAGAGCUUUGUAAAUCUAGUUGCCAGAAAUUAAUGGCCUCGGUAUGUCUGGUACUUUCUGGCUGAAAUCUAGAAUAAGGGCCAUUGAGCGCCAACGCAGGCAGGCACUAUAGCCAGACUGUUUUCCUUAGGUGAAGCAAAUCCAAAGCUGCUUCUGUUGUAGUUGCUUGUGGUUUUCCCAAAAGGAAAACCCAAGUUCCCACUCUGCCUCCUCCUUUCUCACUCCACCUGUCAUCAUUGCUGCUUACGAGACAAUUUAGUAAAAGACCACAGGUGUUAGUGCAAGGGUUGGUUCUAGAAAAGAUGACAGGGAAUCUUAAUUGAAUACUGUCUCAUUUCGUAGCAUAACACAGUGAAGUCACAUCAUGACAUAGGGAUGAUGAGAAAUAAUGCCAUUGGGACAAGAAACCAUUUGACUUAGACCCUGCCAGUUGUUAGCUGUAUGACUUAAAUAAGUUACUUUAUGCCCAAGCCUCAUUCCUUCCCAUAUGCAAAGUGAAGGGGUUGGAUGAAGUGAUUAAAACCCACUUGGAACCCGAAGAAUCCAUGAUAUUAUGAUCUCUGCUUUAAUUUCUUUUUUCAUCAGAGGCUUACUACUAUAAAGUAUGACUUGCUUAUAUUUUAAGUCAGAGUGGCCCACAAUAAGGAAGAAUCCAUUUGGAUUGUUUUCAUCCCCUUGGGGUGAUCUCAAAUUAAAUUCAAGCCUCUCUCUUCAUUUGAGGUUUUACAACAAGCUUGGAAGAUGGCCACGUUCAUCCAUAGUUUGGUGUUUCGGGAUACAAACAGACUUCCUUUCUCAAAACUGCUCUUUGCCGAACUCACUGUCUUAGUAGAAGUAACGAUUCAGCUCAGAGAAAACUGCUGCCAGAGAGCCAGGGCCAGUCCAGAGGCUCACGCAGAGCCUUCGAUCAUUCCCGCUGUAGCAACAGGGCCCACUCCAAACCCCAAACACACACA